GAAGCACACGGUCCUGCCGCGCGCGCGGCCGGAUCCAGUCGCAGUUCGAACCUCGAGGAGACCGUGCGUGCGUGAGCACCCGUCGUAAUCCUGGACCACGUAAACGGACGCCUCGGAGGAUCGUGCCGGGAUCUUCUGGCAUGCGAUCAGGAGCAUGCAGCAGAAGCCACUGAGAGAGCUAGGUUUGUGCCUCAAUACCGGGGUAUCAACGAACAACGUUGUCAUCGCCGAAGUCUGCAACGAGACCCGCGGGGGACUUCCCCUUCUUCAAGUAUGGCCCAGCGAUUCGCCCAGAGCCGAUACCGACGGACAGGCUCAAGCUUUUGUGUUUCCAGAUGUGCAGGAAAGUGUCAACGACAGCGGCAUCGAGUCCAUCCAGGCGUCGCCGUCGCCUUGCGGUGCCACCUGCAACAGCCCGGCGAUGACGCCGCAGCAAUCGCGUCGCGCCAGUCUGCUGCAUCCGGAUCACGCGCGGCUGCAGUUGCAUUAUCUACAUCACAACCACCAUAACGCGGGAGCGAAGAGUCCGCCGUCGCCGGACAAGUUGUCCAUAGACGAGGACCACGAGGAUCGGCCCGCGCCGCCGAGUCCCUCCAGUUCGACUACCAGCAGCCUGCGAUCAAUGCCGAGCUCGGCGAUCGUGUCGAUGCACUCGCAGGACAGGAGACGCAGCAGCAGCAGAUACAGCAUGUUCGAUGCUCUGGAUUUGGAGUACGCUCUACUGAGGGCCGCGGCCCGCGGUUCCGUGGGCCCGUACUCCCUGUCGGAGUCCCUCCACAAGCUAACCUUCACCCAGAGCCUGGCCUUUCCCGCCCUGGCGCGCGGUCUCGCCGCCAAGCAGAGCGUGCCGAGCGGGAGAUCCCAGCAGCCCACGGAGAGCGGGUUGAACGCCUUCGCCAAAGUGGUGACCGCGAUGGUGCUGAUGCUGGUGAGCGUGCUGGUGUUCGGUGUGGUCUACAAGUUCGCCAAGACGUGAGGUUGGCUGCUGGCACCCGGCCGGUAUCCUGGAUCGACGCAGGAUAACAAUCGUUUGGGUGUCGGCGGCGUCUUCAGUAAUAACGUCUGAUGAGGCCUGAGGAAGGGUCUAAAUCUCAACUCGCUCCCCGUGCAAACAAAAAAAAAAAAAGAUUUGAAAAGCGACGGAGGAGACACUGCGUGACACAGUCCACGUCUGAGAUGAUGUUUCGACUGUGCGUUCGUUGGUCCUUCAAUGGCGAGAUUGAUACAUGAAUGGGAGAUAAAUGAGAGAAAAGGUGCUGACGAUACACGCGACUCAUUCUAGACACGAUCAGUCAGGUUGUAAAAAAAAAUUUUAUACGACGUCUUAUUGUCUUUGUCGCGUAACAAUGUGUGUAUUUAAGUACUUAAUGUAAAGUUUCGGUGAAGAGGAGCGAUGACGCUGCCACAAGAAGCAACGUGAAAUUGAUAACGACAGACAUAAUAAUAACGUUAUCAGUAAUAAGCUAUACGUAAUGGCGAUCCGUUAAAUCGACGAGAAAUAUGUGCGAAUCAAGUCACAUAUACGUAUAUACGUGUAAUAAUUAUAAUACAUAUUGCGAAUGUGCAUGAAUAGUAUCAGGCGUGGUAUCGACGAAACGUUUUAAUGUGGAGACCAUAUAAAAUGGAAAAGUUACGUAGUCUAAGAAAGAUUGCAGAACGUAUAUUUGCUACGAGUCUAGCCGGUUUAUUUUCUGAAAAGUAGUGGUAUGCAGAAAUCAAUCAACAAAGUGAGGGGUUUUCACCCGAUCGCAUUCGAUUCGAGGUAUUUCGAUAGUGAAUAAAAAGCUGAUGGGUACAAUGGGUCAAUUUUGAUCUAAAGUGUAAUAAGCUACAUGUAAUUUUACGUUUUUUUGGAUUUGAAUAUUCGCUGAAUAUAAUGAUAACGUUUUUGUCCAUUUAAUUCCGUAGAAAAUGGUCAAAAUUUGCAAAGGGAUUAUUUUUAAUAAUUUGGUUAGCCACGAUUUUGCUCCGAUUAUUUAAUUACCUGUAAGUUAAUUAAAUAUAAUUUUAUAACUUUUUUCAUUAAAAAUCAAGAAAACACUCAAAAAAUGCUAAAUUUAACAUAGCGAAAUUAAUACGACAUAAUUAAAAAGGAUAGAUUUUUUUUUUUUUUUAAGAAUCUUAAAUCUCACCAAAUGUGCAUGCAUCUGCAUACAUUGUGCAGUUAUGAGAAUCUUAAAAUAAUAAACUUUCAUCAACAUAGAGGUUCCACUUAGAGGUGCGUUUGGUUUUUUAUACCUGAAGCUUUAUUACACUUCUUGUAUAUAUUGUAUAGUAUAUGUAGUUUUUGUAAAUUAUUCGUUGUUAUUAGAAUCUGAAAACUUUAACAUAAAAUAUAUUAUUUAAAUAUACACCAGGUAUCGAAUACAAAUAAGCAUAAGCGGAAAACUAAAGGAAUCAUUUCUACAUGUGGACAGCAACCUACUACACGAGUACAAAUUACACAAUUAUAUGAAUAAAUCGUUAUAACCGAAAAAUUAGAAGCAUGUUUAAUUAUUAAUUAUAUAAAAUGCUUAUUUAUAUAAAACGUUUAAUUUGUAAAAAUACUUAAUUGUUUAUAAAAAAUAUUUAAUUGAUUUUGAAUGACGAAAACAUAUUUAUGUUUUUAAUAAAAAAUUAUAUUAAUAGGAUUUAAAUUAAUAUUAUAUUUUCUAAAUUAAAUUCAACUCUUUCUCGAUUCUCGAUUAAUUUCAAAUUCAAAUUCUCAUUUGUCUUCAUAUGAUUAACGUAAUAACUAAUAGCACUUUUUAUUUGAUAUGUAUUACAUGUGUAUAAAAUUGGAAUUGAUUAACAUCUAAAAUUGGAAAGUUGGUUAUUUCUGUUUUAUUUUUAAGUGUCUUUUUGACUUCGAUGAAAAAAUGUUAUAAAACUAUCAUAUAGUACAAGUAAUAAAAUAAUUAAAACAAAAUCAUUAAAACAAAAAACUUAAUUUAAAAUAAUUUUGCGAAUUUUGACCUACGUAUUUAAAUAGAUAAAAAUGUUAACAGCCCAUUGUAUUCAGUGACCCAAAAAAACGAAGAUUUAGGCCAAAAUUAUUCCAUUUUACCCGUCGUCCUUUUUGUUUUAAGCUGCAGUAACUCCGAAGAAAACCGUUCCGCAUCGUUUUUCACGGUACUUCAAAAGCCGCGGAAGAAACCCAUUAAAAUGUUCUUCAGCGAGUUUUACUGCACCGUUGAUAGGCGGUAACUAGAACGGGCUUGGGUCAAUAUAAGCCGGAUUGCAGCUGUACGUACGACGAGGACAGGACGAUUGUGAGUCGAGUUGAACUGUCUCCGCGAACUGUCUAUUCUGCACGGUAACAUUCGAGUGGGACGCGCUUUGUGCUAUCGAGUGUUCGCUCGAAACUUCAAUCGCGGUUUUAAUCACAAUUUAAACGCUUUAUCUCUCGCGCGAGAUAAAGAUUACGAUUAAAUGAUCGCGAGUUAAAAGGAUCGUCACAUUUUUGGAAUUAUAUCUCCGAAUUUUUACUAAGAUGAUAGAAUCCUCGCUACGUAAUUCUUAGCGAGGGUUUUUUUCUUCCCUUUCAAACGUUAAACAUUCGCUCCGGAGAGAUCCGAUUCGUACGUAAUCUGAAAGCAAAGCUUUAAUGAAGAUGCGCGAACGUAAUCUGUUCAGGACACGAAAAAACUCUCGACCAUACUAGCAUUUUUUUAAUCAUUUAAUUAACCAUUUAACUUUAAUACCAAAAUCCUCUGGCCAACCUAUGUUGCUUUGCAGUGCCUUGUCCGCGCGCAGAAUUGCCAUCUCACACGGACGCAGCAUGCGAAUGCAUAAUCUCGCGAAUUUUUUGGGUACCUCUAACGACUGUCCAAGUGCUUUACACAACUUCUAUUCAUGACAAUCGGCCGGGAAGCGCUCGUUCCCGGCAAAUUAAGUUAUAAUGUUGAAAACGCGACUCUGUGAAAAUUCCGACUUGCGGCCGGAAACGACGAGCACACCGCGAUAAACCAAGCGGCUACCGACGAUGCAAAAUUAAUCCGAAGGCAAGCUUAUCGUCUAUGCUUCGUCUCAAACACAGUCGAAGCUUGAAAUCGAAUCGAAAUCUGAUGCGACACUAAAGACAUAGUUUUCAUGCCAUUAGCCAGUUGAUCAACGUUAAGGUUAUCGCGUAUUUUUAUAAAAUCUCAUAUUGAUCGUUACGUCAGUAAAUAAAAAUAAACUCGACUCGCUUGUUAUAUACUCUCUUUCAUUAAAGUAUUUUCUAAAGGGUACAAUUUAUUUUUGCUAGAUUCCAAAAUCAGUUUCGAUUCCGUUUCAAGCAUAUGUGAGAGCUCAAACGGGCAUCUUUGAGCUUCUUUCGUACAGCCUAGAGAGAGUCGUUUGUUUUAUAUAUAAUAAAAUAUAUGAACACACACACACACAUACACACACACACACACACACACACACACACACACACACACACAAAUAUAUAUACUGUAUAUAUUUAUGGUCGUUACAGAGGCGUAUCUUCUUCACUUUGAUGUUGUGCUCUCUGUACGAAGCAACGAAAUUUCUAAAAAUAAUCCAAGACGCGUCACGAUAUAGCGGAACUACCGCUCUCUACUUUUUUUAACUAUCGCAUUGUACGAUGUAUAUACAUAUAUAUGUAACGCUAACGUGUUGCACUAUGAUAUAUGUAAGGGAAAAAUUUUCUUUCUUUACCUUCCUUGUACGAUACGCUACGACAGACUCGAAAUGAAUCUCGCGAUGAUGUUUUCGUAUUCGUUGAACAAAAUUAAAAUUGAAGAAAUUCUCACGUCAAAUUCCAAUUCAUAAUUUUAUGAGACGUAUACCGUCUUGAAUUCUGCUAAUGAAGAAAUUGGAAAAAUCACGUUUCUCUUGCAUGAGAAUUUAUCCGUCAGUGAUGAAAUUUUGAUUUCCAUUGUCCGCAACUUUUAUAUCCUUUUAAUCUGCAUUUUCAGAAUUUUGCAACGCAAUAUAUAAAGUAAUUCUAAAAUUGCACAUUUUUAAAUGUUAUUUAAAAAAAUAGAUAGAUAGAGCUGCGUGGGUUUUUUUCAGCUGCACAUUCGGUACGUUAUGUUUUUUCAGCUGAACAUACGGUACUCGGACAAACGUAGAUCAUGUCUACCGAGAGGGAAAAAAAAAUACAGACGAGAAUAGAAAAUGUGAAAAGGGCAGCUGAAAAAAGCUGACCUAAAUUAUUCUGUGGUCUUUUCAUUGCGAUGAUGACAUCGACACGUGCAGCGAUAAGUUAAACGGUGAAAUUGGAAUAUUUUAAUUCUAUGAAGUUUGUCUUCUCUCUCUCUCUCUCUCUCUUUCUCUCUCUCUGUGUCUGGGUAAAGGCUCUAAUUAAGCCCUUUUAGUUACGGUAUAAUGAAGAAACACUCUGUGUGCGGCCGGAACGAACAUAAUAGUUUUUCUUACCUUGAGCGUACGUGUGCGCCGACGGGCCAAAGUGAAUUUCUUUUCGUGUGAGCGCAUAUAUUAGCGCCUAUAGUGCUAAAAUGAUUAACAAGGAAUUAUUGAGAGAAGGAUGAAACCAAUGUAUCAAUUAAAUGCGGAGCACUAAUUCAUCGGAUAUAGAAUAGCAUUCGCAGAUUUUCGAUCGGCGGUAUACGUUUCCGUACUUAUGUAAUACUUACUGUUCUGUUCAGAGAUCCUCUCGCAUCGUCUUUAGUAUCGGUCGAUACAUCAGCCGUGAGAAAUGGGUCGAUUCGAGAUAAAAUUGUUGCGCGUUGAAUUUAAUCGUGCCAAUUGUGUGUCCGUGAUCGUACCAAAGCGUUUCCCGAUUCUUAACCGUCUACGCUAAAUAUAUACUGCUUGUAAACGUUGUAACUACCUCCUUUCGAUCGUCCCAUUUCACGGUAAAUUCUUUUUCUUCCAGCGAAACGAAAGAAGAGAAAAUAAAAGGGCUAUGCAAAAUUA